AUGGCUACUCUCAAAUCCCAUUUUGCUCCGAGCAAAAUCGUCUUUUAUAUUUUGUGGUGGGGGUUUCAUUGGGCUAUCUUUGCCGUUGGCUGGUGGAAGCAACAAGCAGAUCCUCGAUUAGCUGGUCUCAACACCCUCACUUUCUCAGUGUGGAUCUCUCGAGGUGCCGGCCUGGUCCUCUCCGUCGAUGUGAUGCUCAUUCUUCUUCCAAUGUGCCGAAAUCUCAUGCGUUUCCUUCGACCGAAAUUCAAAUGGCUUCCUCUCGAUGAGACGCAAUGGUUCCACCGACAGUGUGCCUACGCCAUGCUUGUCUUCACAGUCAUCCACACUUGCGGCCACUAUGUCAAUUUUUUCAACGUCGAACGGACUCAGAUUCGUCCCGAAACCGCAAUCCAAAUCCACUACACCCAAGCAGGCGGUAUUACGGGUCAUAUCAUGCUGCUCUGCAUGCUGCUGAUAUAUACUACUGCCCAUCAUAGAAUCCGACAGCAGUCCUUCGAGACUUUCUGGUAUACACACCACCUCUUUAUUCCCUUCUUCCUCGCCAUGUACACCCACGCUGUGGGCUGUUUCGUGCGAGAUACCACCGAUCCAUUCUCUCCUUUCGCUGGAAAGAAUUUCUGGGAUCACUGCCUCGGGUACGAGGGUUGGCGAUGGGAAUUGAUCUCUGGUGCUCUCUACCUCGGCGAACGUCUUUGGAGAGAAGUCCGCGCCCGCAGAGAAACCAAGAUCUACAAGGUGAUCCGUCACCCUUACGACGCAAUGGAAAUUCAAUUCCAAAAACCCAGCAUGAAAUACAAGGCUGGCCAGUGGUUAUUCGUCAACAUCCCGGCCGUGUCUAGCCAGCAAUGGCACCCUUUCACAAUCACUUCCUGCCCAUUCGACCCCUAUAUUUCAGUCCAUGUUCGUCAAGUGGGCGACUGGACAAAAGCCGUCGGUGAUGCAUUAGGAUGUGGCCCAGCACAAGCCAAAGAAUUCGACGCUCUGGAUAGCAAUGGCAUUUACGAGAUUGCGCUGAGACAUGGCCAGGAAAUGCCUGCCAUCCGCAUCGACGGACCUUAUGGUGCACCCGCCGAAGACGUCUUCGACAAUGAAAUUGCUGUCAUCAUCGGAACAGGCAUUGGUGUCACCCCCUGGGCAUCAGUGCUCAAGCACAUCUACAACAUCCGUGCGGGACCCAAUCCGCCCCGACGUCUCAAGCGUGUUGAGUUCCUUUGGGUUACUCGCAGCAUUGAAUCUUUCGAAUGGUUCCAGACCCUUUUGUCCUCUCUCGAACGACAGUCUGCCGAGGCCGCUGAAACUGUCGGUGGCCCUGAAUUCCUCCGCAUUCAUACGUACCUCACACAGCGUGUGGAUGCCAACAUGGCCGCGAACAUCUACCUUAACACAGUGGGCAAUGCCGUGGAUCCUCUAACGGAGCUACGUACCAAGACUCAAUACGGUCGACCAGAUUUUAAACGUCUCUUCGGCGCCAUGCGUGAUGGUCUUAUGGACCAGACAUAUUUGGACGUCGGUAAGGAAGCCAGUAUCACCGCUCAAAUGAAGGCAACGGUUGGUGUAUACUUCUGCGGACCCAGUGCCGCCGCACGGGAAAUCAAGUCCGCUUGUAAAGCCACAAGCAAUGAUUUGGUUAAAUUCCGCUUCUGGAAAGAACAUUUUUAA